CAAAACAAAUUCUGGCCUUUAUGUUAUUAUUCUUACAUAAAUAUGAAUAUUUAAAUAAUAAGCCAUUUACAAAAUAAUUUUGAACUUAUACCAAUUAAAAUUAAUAUAAAUUACAUAAAAAAGAACAUAAGUUUUGUGUUUGCUGUCGCUAGUGGUUGUCAUUGCAUGCAAACGAAAAAAUAAGAAAUUUGGCUUAUGAAGUGAACAAACUUCAAAACAUACUUUUGUGAGAUAUAUUAAAAUACUUUUGUUAAAUAAUAGUGAUGACAUGCGUAACAUAUUAUUAAAACACCUUCUACGUCUUAAAUCCCACAAUUCUUCUGCAUCAUGCCUCAAUCGUUUUUAUAGUACACAAAUUGCUGUGCAAACUGAGACCUCUCCAACUUUAACAGCUGAUGUGCUUCUGACGGACAGCUACCAAAAAAGGGUUUUGGAAUGUAUGACAAAAUCCCCACCCGUCGGUGUUAAGUUAAAAAAUAAUGAAGUUGAAAGAAAGUACGCAGCAGUAUUAAUAUUACUUUGCACCAAAAAAGCAAACGACGAGCAAAACGAGGAGGUUUCAUUGCUUUACACUAGAAGGUCUGGCCACCUCAAUCGUCAUGUGCGCCAAAUUUGCUUUCCCGGUGGCAUAAGAGAUGAUACAGAUGUUGAUUUCGUCGAUUGCGCAUUACGGGAAACCAUGGAAGAGAUUGGUUUAGAUCGCUCACGCAUACAAAUAUGGGGGCCCACUUCACUUAUUACGCCACCGCACACUGCAGCUAUUAUGCCUGUUGUUGGCGUGUGCCGAAAUUUUGAUUUGAACGAACUGAAACUUAAUGAGCACGAAGUUGAAGAAGCUUUUACUGUGCCAGUUUCCGAAUUGGCGAAACCGAGUACUCUCCAGUAUACCCAGUUUAAAUCGGGAUUCAGUUCCCCCACAUUUGUUAUUGGCCGUAAAAAAAUUUGGGGUGUUACGGGAUUCAUAACUAAUAGCUUCAUGAAUUGUUUGCUACCGAGAGAACUGAAUCAACUUAAAGGUCGUGUUAAAUUUAUAAGACCAUACAAACCAGCAUCAAACUGACUGGUGUAUUGGUUAUUAAUUGAUUGUUAAUUGUUAACUCAGGGAAUUUGUAUCUAACAUUUUUAAAGGUUUACAUACUCAGCUUAAAUUUAAAUUUAUUUUUUGUACAUGUUUGUGUGUAUAUUUAACUUUAUUAGUUAAAUUUAUUUUAUAUUUAAAAACGGUUGUAGUAAAUUUUUUUUUAUUUGAAAUAAAUUUCAUAUAUUUUUAAAGACCAUAUAAACAAAAGAAAGCAUAAAAGCACUGUUGUUUGAUGAAUUGUAUAUUUAAGAAUCGUCAGUAUAGUCUGCCUGGCAUUUCUAAAGUUGUUUGAGGCUAAUAAUUUUUUUAAAUAAUAUUAUCCGAUUUUCCAAAGACCAAUAAGUACAUAUAUUACUUACGCCCUUGUGAUGUCAAACAAGCGAAGUCGUAAUGGUCGUAGAAAUUGCUCAGUGGUUAUUUUCACCCUUUUUAAUGUGUUUUUAAAAAAACAUUUACAUUUUUUCUUUGUUUUUGUGUAAAUAUUAUUAUAACGCUAACAAUUAAUUACAAUAAACUUUUGUACUGCUAGUUUACAAGUAAAAAUGAAUUGAGAUGAUACGCACAUAUGUUAAACUGUCAUCUCCCCAACGGCUUUUAUGCAUCAUCAAAUUGUUUGUUUCAAUUCCUUCCGUAUUAUCAUAGAACACUAAAACUUUUCAAAGCGUGCCACAGGUAUUGAUUUAAAUGGCACAAUCAUCAGUAACUUUCAGACCAGACUAUAAGAUAUUUAUUUUUGCCCAUAAUAUAAUAAACAAUGGUCUGGACGAGACCAUACUAUUACUGCUAUAUAUCCUUACUCUGAAUAUCCCUACAUCUAUAUGAUAAUGAUAUCUUUAUAUCAUUAUCUCUCUAAAAAAGAUGAUUGCUUCAGUCUGCAAAAUCUUUUCUGCCAUGUUGUGGUUGUAAUAGUUCGUGGGAAUCUAUAUGGGAGAGACCAUCUCUAAUUCGUGUGCAAUAAAUCAAUUCCUUAAUAUUUCACUUUCCUUCUACAUGUAUGGAUUUUUUCUUCUACGGCCACUAAACAUUAGUAAUAUAUCAGUGUGAGUUAGAUCAGUCUCUUGUGUACGCGCUACUUAUAAUUCCAAUAUUAGAAUGGUAAUAACUUAUUCGUUAUUUAUAUAAUGGUAGUGUGAAAAGUUCUGUCGUGGUAUCUUAUACGCAUAACAUUAAAGGUCGUA